AUGGAAAAUUUCACGAACUGUACAGAUUUUGAAGUAGAUGGCAAAUGGCGCGCUCGCGGAAAGCCUUUCGAAUGGUUUGAUGGUUUCGUCUGUUUCCUCGUUCUUAUUGGCAUCAUCGGAAACUCUCUCGUCAUCUACAUCAAGCACCGACUGAGUCGCACCCAGGUUACCCCAAUCAACCGCCUCGUCGUCUGUCUGGCUGUGGCGGAUCUUCUAACCGCAGUUUUCAUCUUGCCCUUACCGGAGUACGAGAACCUACCGCGAAGUCCUUGGGCAGAAUUCUACUGUCACGUCAUAGAAUCGAGGUUCUUCCUCUGGGUUUCCUUCAGAGCGUCCGUCUAUACCCUUACCGUGAUUGCCAUCGAACGGUUCUUGGCAAUAGUUCACCCCUUCAUCUACAGAGCACGGGUUCAUAACCGCAACGUCAAGUACACGAUCGCCGCCAUAUGGAUUAUCCCAUUGGUUCUUCGAUUUCCGCAGCUCUUGUGGAAUGUAGUCGGACCGUGUGGACGAUGUGACUUUGUAUACCGGUCCCGCAGCUCUGCAGUAGUCUACACCAUUGUCCUCUUUGUUGUGGAGUUCGUCUGUCCACUGAUCAUCAUGGUGUAUACUAGUAUCAAGAUCAUAAUAAUGUUGAGACGGGAACGGUUUCACCAUGCGGAUACUAUUGAUCCUUCCAGGAGCCGACGGCCGACGCAACUCCAAGCAAUUCAACGUCGUUUCACUAUCAUGUUCAUCUUCAUCUGUGCGACGUUCAUGCUCCUCUGGACUCCCGACCAACUCGGCAUCUUUCUUUACCGCUUGGGCGUAUUCUCCCGGGCUUACACCGAGCAGGUCUACCAACAAGUCUUCUUGAAAUUGUCAUUCCUGAACGGUGCCACCACCAACCCAAUCAUCUACUCGAUAUGUCUGCCUGUUUUUCGUCGGGCUGUGAAAGAGGUGGUGACGUGUCGGAGGACGUCUGACAGGACCCAGGCGCAGAUGAUGGAAAUGACCACGACACCGUCUCCUGUGUAA